CAACGAGCGUCACGUGUCAGCUUUUGUACAUCCGCCAUUGGUUUUUAGCUUUGGUUCUUUCUACUUUCUAUUAUUAGCAUAAAUCGACCCAAACCAUUGUUUGCAGUUGUAUCGCCGGAAUAUGCUCCCUUCCCGAAACGUCGAUCACCUGUUUCUUUUUGUUUCUCUCUCUGUUUUCUCAACACAGGAAUCAACCAUGAAUCUCCCAUCUUCUUCUCCUCUUCCCUCACUUGUCACUUCUCUCUCCUUCUGAUCCUUUCAUGGAACUUUCAGAUUAGACGAAGUUCCCGAUCAGAUUAUCUGUUGAUUCAUAAAAGUAAGCGUUUGAAAUCUCUGGAGAAAUAUGGGAUAUCUGGAUUUGGCGUUGUCCUAUUCUAACCAGACACAGACUGUUGAAGCUCCAGCGAGCGGAGGAGGUCUCAGCCAGAAUGGAAAAUUCAGCUAUGGAUAUGCAAGCUCCGCUGGGAAGAGAGCAUCUAUGGAAGACUUUUUCGAGACGAGGAUCGACGGUAUCGAUGGAGAAAUCGUUGGUCUAUUUGGAGUUUUUGAUGGCCACGGUGGAGCCAGAGCAGCGGAGUAUGUGAAGCGUCAUCUAUUCAGUAAUCUGAUCACUCAUCCAAAGUUUAUCUCUGACACCAAAUCAGCUAUAACUGAUGCCUACAACCAUACAGACUCUGAACUUCUCAAGUCAGAAAAUAGUCACAAUAGAGAUGCUGGUUCGACUGCGUCUACAGCUAUUCUUGUCGGUGAUCGUUUACUUGUUGCAAAUGUUGGUGAUUCACGAGCUGUAAUCAGCAGAGGCGGAAAUGCCAUUGCUGUGUCAAGGGACCAUAAACCUGACCAAAGUGAUGAGCGUGAAAGGAUUGAGAAUGCUGGUGGCUUUGUGAUGUGGGCAGGAACUUGGAGGGUUGGAGGAGUUCUUGCGGUUUCUCGUGCAUUUGGUGAUCGGCUUCUGAAGCAAUAUGUUGUUGCUGAUCCAGAAAUCCAGGAAGAAAAGAUCGAUGAUUCUCUUGAGUUUCUGAUCUUAGCCAGUGAUGGGCUAUGGGAUGUAUUCUCUAAUGAGGAAGCAGUUGCAAUGGUUAAGGAAGUUGAAGAUCCAGAGGAGUCGGCGAAGAAACUUGUGGGAGAAGCAAUAAAGAGAGGAAGUGCAGACAACAUCACAUGUGUCGUCGUUCGUUUCUUGGAGACAGCUUCAUCAAGCCACGUCAGCUCCUCGUCAUCCAAGGAAGCCAAUCAAAUGCCGCCACUUGGAGACCUCAGGAUCUCACCCAAUGAAACUAACCAAGUCCAGAUCAACUCAGAGAACAUCAGCUCAGGGAACAAACCAGAGAAUGCAACGAAUCGAAAACCGGUUCCUGCAAGUAACUUAACCGAUGAAGUGACCGUUAAGGAUUUAGGGAAUAGACCAGAGACUUCAGUGAGUCGAAAACCGGUUCCUGCAAGUAACUUAACCGAUGAAGUGACCGUUAAGGGUUCAGGGAAUAGACCAGAGACAUCAGUGAAUCGAAAACCGGUCCCUGCAAGUAGCUCAACCGAUGCAGAUAAGAGCGGCUCAGACGGUGAAAUGAAGCAAACGCCAGUCUCGCUCUUCUAAGUACUCAGAAGCAUUCAGUGACCCACAGGGUAAAUAGCGUUCCCUCUAACCUCUAGGACCAGGACGUUGUCUUCGAAGCGUCCUCUUCCCUCAAAGACAGCAAGCAAACUUACAGAUCGUUAAUGGUGUUUGCAUUUAGGAUUAAAUAUAUAAAUAAAUACGAAUGUUUAAGUUUAUAAUUAUGUGUGAUAGUGAUAUGCAUUCAUCUAUUUGUACAUAUUUAUGUAUAAAUGUAUAAAAGAACAUAAUAGUUAUCCUACAUUUGCAUUUGAUUUUUCCAUUAAGGUUUAUGUUAUGGUUAUACUU